AUGUUCCAGUCAGUGAAUGAAACAAUAUUCGAACAUAUUGCAACAUGCAAAACAUCAAAAGACGCGUGGGAAGUUUUGCACAAGGCAUACAGAGGGGAGCACAGGGUUAAAACGGUAAGGCUUCAAACCCUAAGAUGUGAAUUCGAUAAUUUACGAAUGAAAGAAAGUGAAACUAUAGAAGAUUAUGUUAACCGUACCACGAUAAUAGUCAAUCAAUUACGUAUGAAUGAAGAACGAAUAGAUGAACAACGUGUAAUUGAGAAAAUUUUAAGAAGUUUGACUAGGAAGUAUGAAUCGGUUGUCGUGGCAAUUGAAGAAUCGAAAGAUUUAAAUACGAUUUCCACUGAGGAAUUGUUAGGUAUUCUUCAAUCACAUGAAUUAAGGUUAAAACAGUAUGAUGAUGCGUCCGUAGAGCAAGCAUUCCAAGUUCAAGGGAAUAGUUAUGAUAGAUCAAGACAGUUUAAGAAUGAUAUGUCAGGAAGGGGACGAGGGAAAGGAAGAAACAUGUUUAAUGGUAUGAUUCGGUGUUACAAUUGCCAAAGAAUAGGGCAUACGGCUAGGUUUUGUAACAAACGAGAAGAUAGUGACAGAUCAAAUAAUGUUAUGUUACAUAAGGAAGAUGUAGAAGACGAGAAUGAUGACACUAUGUUUAUGAUCUUUAAUGUGGAAGAAGUAGUCAAGAAUGAUUGUUGGUACCUAGACAGUGGAUGUAGCAAUCACAUGACAGGCAACAAAAGCCUGUUUAUAAAUCUGAAUGAAUCAGACCGAAGGGAAGUAAAAACUGGAGAUGACAAGAGGUUAGAAGUUCUCGGUUGUGGAGAAGUUAAAAUCAGAAUCAAGGGACAAGAGAAGAAAAUUCCAAAUGUAUUUUAUGUGGAUGGAUUAAAACAUAAUCUAUUAAGCGUCGGACAGUUAGUACAAAAGGGUUAUGAUGUAAGAUUUAAUGAUAAGGGAUGCACAAUUAAUGAUUCAUCUGGCUAUUGCAUGGGAACUAUCAAGAUGACGGGAACAAGAUGUUCCCGUUGA